CGCCCUUUUGACAUUGAAAGUUGAAAGUUGAAAGUUGAAACAAACCCUCUAAGCCUCAUCUUCCAUUUUCAGAAAUUAUUAAUAUAAUCACUGGAACUUUUUGGGUUUCGGUUGCCUAUAAAAGGUGGACUCUGUUUUCUUUUUCCCCAAUACAAGGUUCGUGUAUCCUGUGUGUUGUAUCUUUUCGGCUUUCUUUUGUUUGCAGAGAGUGGUGCUGGGUAGGGAAGUAGAGAGAAAGUUUUGUGCUUUAAUGGCGAGUACAAUGGUAAAUGGUGGUCACUCAGUGGAGGAGGAGGAGAAGAAGAAUGUUACUGUGGGUGGAGGUGUUGAGGACUUGUAUGGUGAGGAUAGUGCCACGGAAGAUCAGCUUAUCACUCCGUGGACUGUCUCUGUUGCCAGUGGGUAUACUUUGUUGCGGGACCCACACCACAACAAGGGGCUUGCUUUCACUGAGAAAGAGAAGGAUGCUCAUUACUUGCGAGGCCUUCUGCCUCCAGCAAUUUUCACUCAGGAGCUUCAGGAGAAAAAGUUGAUGAACAUUCUGAGACAGUACAAAGUUCCCCUGCAACGAUACAUGGCUAUGAUGGAUCUUCAGGAGAGGAAUGAAAAACUAUUUUAUAAGCUUCUGAUUGAAAAUGUUGAGGAACUGCUGCCAGUUGUGUAUACUCCCACAGUUGGUGAGGCUUGCCAGAAAUAUGGUAGCAUUUUCAGGCGACCUCAGGGUCUCUACAUCAGCUUGAAAGAGAAGGGCAAGAUUCUUGAAGUAUUGAAGAACUGGCCAGAGAGAAAUAUACAGGUUAUUGUUGUUACUGAUGGUGAGCGUAUUUUGGGACUUGGAGAUCUUGGCUGCCAGGGAAUGGGGAUUCCUGUAGGAAAACUCUCUUUGUACACUGCACUAGGAGGAUUACGUCCCUCAGCUUGCUUGCCUGUUACCAUUGAUGUUGGCACAAACAAUGAGCAGUUGUUGAAUGACGAGUUCUACAUUGGUCUGAAACAAAAGAGGGCAACUGGAAAGGAAUAUGCUGAACUUCUAGACGAGUUCAUGACUGCAGUCAAGCAGAACUAUGGGGAGAAAGUCCUCGUACAGUUUGAAGAUUUUGCAAAUCACAAUGCAUUUGAGCUACUGACGAAAUACAGCCCAACUCAUCUUGUUUUCAAUGAUGAUAUACAGGGUACAGCAUCUGUGGUGCUAGCAGGACUUCUUGCAGCUCUGAAUUUAGUUGGUGGAACCUUGGCUGAUCAUAAAUUCUUAUUCCUGGGUGCUGGAGAGGCUGGAACUGGUAUAGCUGAGCUUAUAGCUCUUGAGAUAUCAAAACAGAUUAAAGGUCCAAUUGAAGAGACCCGCAAGAAGAUUUGGCUUGUGGACUCAAAGGGACUGAUUGUUAGCUCUCGUAAAGAGUCACUUCAGCACUUCAAGAAGCCUUGGGCACAUGAGCAUGAACCUGUCAAGGGACUUUUGGAUGCUGUUAAGGCAAUCAAGCCAACAGUAUUGAUCGGAUCAUCUGGAGUUGGAAAAACAUUCACAAAGGAGGUGGUUGAGGCCAUGGCAUCCUUCAACGAGAAACCACUAAUUCUUGCCCUCUCCAAUCCUACAUCACAAUCUGAGUGUACAGCUGAAGAAGCUUAUACAUGGAGUAAGGGUCGUGCUAUCUUUGCUAGUGGAAGUCCGUUUGACCCUGUUGAAUACAAUGGGAAAGUUUUUGUGCCUGGCCAGGCAAACAAUGCUUACAUAUUCCCUGGAUUUGGCUUGGGGUUGAUCAUGUCUGGUGCAAUUCGUGUGCAUGAUGACUUGCUUUUGGCAGCCUCCGAAGCUUUGGCCGCACAAGUAAAACAGGAAAACUUUGACAAGGGACUAAUUUACCCUCCAUUUUCCAACAUCCGGAAAAUUUCAGCCUACAUUGCUGCUAAAGUUGCUGCCAAAGCAUAUGAACUUGGUUUGUCAUCUCGUCUCCCACGUCCAAAGGAUCUUGUCCAGCAUGCAGAGAGCUGCAUGUACAGCCCAGUCUACCGAUGCUACCGUUAAAUCUGCAGUGUAGUUUUGCACACUUUGUAGCCUGCAAUGUGCUUUAAGCCUUUCUCUUCUCAUUUCUGUUUGAAUUUUUUUACCAUUUUUACAAAUUUUCGUAGUGACUGGAUUGUAAUUCAGUCGACUAUCAAUUAUUAAUUUCAGUUCUUAGCCAGUAAAAUUUUGGCAUUACUAUCAGAGCUCGAGUUCCCUUUCCCUUAUUCCCUGAGAAUGUUGUCAAUUUCUUUUUAAUUCCUCUUCAAUGAUUUAUAAUAUUCAUUUAUCAGAAUAAAUUUUAUAA